GGCGGAGGGGACCGGUCUGAGCCGGUCUGCAGCGCAGGCGCAGUGCGGAUAAACAGGAAGCGGGCGGUAGAGGCAGCGGCAGAGGAGAGACAGGAGCUUCGAGGGGAAGCUGCGGAAUAGCCAAGAUUAGUGGGAGGGCAACAGAGGCUAACUGAGGACGAGAACAGGAGCCUCGGCCAUCUGCUCGCAAAGAACGAGCGCUCACAGCCUCAAUUUCCUCUUGGGCUUCCCAGCUUAGGCUGAGGCAGCGCCUGACAAAGGGCUCGCGCCGGUGCCGCCGCCCUUCUCAUCCGGGCAUUCGGGUCCCUGCGGAGAGGGAGGGGGAAGGGCAAAGAGGGAGGGGAAGGAGCAAGGGGGCGCGCGCUUGGAGCUGAGGCCCUUUCCAGGGCUGCGGGCCUGCGGCCCAACGGACGGAGGCCGAGGAGGACCCGCAGAGGUGGCGGUGGCCGGGGGCAGGAGAAUGGUGCAGAAGGAGAGCCAAGCGGCGCUGGAGGAGCGGGAGAGCGAGCUCAGCUCCAACCCUGCUGCUUCCGCGGGGGCAUCGUUGGAGCCACCGGCAGCUCCGGCCCCUGGAGAAGACAACCCAACCGGGGCCGGGGGAGCGGCAGUGGCCGGGGCGGCAGGAGGGGCUCGGAGAUUCCUAUGUGGCGUGGUGGAAGGAUUUUAUGGAAGACCUUGGAGUUUGGAACAAAGAAAAGAACUCUUUAGAAGGCUCCAGAAAUGGGAAUUAAAUACAUUCCUGUAUGCUCCAAAAGAUGACUACAAACAUAGGAUGUUUUGGCGAGAGAUGUAUUCAGUGGAAGAAGCUGAGCAACUUAUGACUCUCAUCUCUGCUGCACGAGAAUAUGAGAUAGAGUUCAUCUAUGCUAUCUCACCUGGAUUGGAUAUCACCUUUUCUAACCCCAAGGAAGUAUCUACAUUGAAACGCAAACUGGACCAGGUUUCUCAGUUUGGGUGCAGGGCAUUUGCUUUACUUUUUGAUGAUAUUGACCAUAAUAUGUGUGCAGCAGACAAAGAGGUAUUCAGUUCUUUUGCUCAUGCUCAGAUCUCCAUCACAAAUGAAAUUUAUCAAUACCUAGGAGAGCCAGAAACUUUCCUCUUCUGUCCCACAGAAUAUUGUGGCACUUUCUGUUAUCCAAAUGUGUCUCAGUCUCCUUAUUUAAGGACUGUGGGCGAAAAGCUUCUACCUGGAAUUGAGGUGCUUUGGACAGGUCCCAAAGUUGUUUCUAAAGAAAUUCCAGUAGAGUCCAUCGAAGAGGUUUCUAAGAUUAUUAAGAGAGCUCCAGUAAUCUGGGAUAACAUUCAUGCUAAUGAUUAUGAUCAGAAGAGAUUAUUUCUGGGCCCGUACAAAGGAAGAUCCACAGAACUCAUCCCACGGUUAAAAGGAGUCCUAACUAAUCCAAAUUGUGAAUUUGAAGCCAACUAUGUUGCUAUCCACACCCUUGCCACCUGGUACAAAUCAAACAUGAAUGGAGUGAGAAAAGAUGUAGUGAUGACUGACAGUGAAGACAGUACUGUAUCGAUCCAGAUAAAGUUAGAAAAUGAAGGCAGUGAUGAAGAUAUUGAAACUGAUGUACUUUAUAGUCCACAGAUGGCUCUAAAACUAGCUUUAACAGAAUGGUUGCAGGAGUUUGGUGUACCUCAUCAGUAUAGCAGUAGGCAAGUUGCACACAGUGGAGCUAAAGCAAGUGUAGUUGAUGGGACUCCCUUAGUUUCAGCACCCUCUUUAAAUGCCACAACGGUAGUAACAACAGUUUACCAAGACCCCAUUAUGAGCCAGGGAGCAGCUUUGAGUGGUGAACCUACAGCUCUGACCAAGGAAGAAGAAAAGAAACAACCCGAUGAAGAGCCCAUGGACAUGGUAGUGGAAAAACAAGAAGAAACAGAUCACAAGAAUGACAAUCAAAUACUCAGUGAAAUCGUGGAAGCUAAAAUGGCAGAGGAAUUAAAACCAAUGGACACUGAUAAAGAGAGCAUAGCUGAAUCAAAAUCCCCAGAGAUGUCUAUGCAGGAAGAUUGCAUUAAUGAUAUUGCCCCUAUGCAGACUGAUGAACAGACGAAUAAGGAGCAGUUUGUGCCAGGUCCAAAUGAAAAGCCGUUGUACACUGUAGAACCAGUGACUCUGGAGGAUUUGCAGUUACUGGCUGAUCUCUUCUACCUUCCUUAUGAGCAUGGACCCAAAGGAGCACAGAUGUUACGGGAAUUCCAGUGGCUUAGAGCAAAUAGCAGUGUUGUCAGUGUCAAUUGCAAAGGAAAAGACUCUGAAAAAAUUGAAGAAUGGCGGUCACGAGCAGCCAAGUUUGAAGAGAUGUGUGGACUAGUGAUGGGAAUGUUCACUCGGCUCUCCAAUUGUGCCAAUAGGACAAUCCUUUAUGACAUGUACUCCUAUGUUUGGGAUAUCAAGAGUAUAAUGUCUAUGGUGAAGUCUUUUGUACAGUGGUUAGGGUGUCGUAGUCAUUCUUCAGCACAGUUCUUAAUUGGAGACCAAGAACCCUGGGCCUUUAGAGGUGGUCUAGCAGGAGAGUUCCAGCGUUUACUGCCAAUUGAUGGGGCAAAUGAUCUCUUUUUUCAGCCACCCCCACUGACUCCUACCUCCAAAGUUUAUACUAUCAGACCAUAUUUUCCUAAAGAUGAGGCUUCCGUGUACAAGAUUUGCAGAGAAAUGUAUGACGAUGGAGUGGGUUUACCUUUUCAGAGUCAGCCUGACCUUAUUGGAGACAAGUUAGUAGGAGGGCUACUUUCCCUGAGCCUGGAUUACUGCUUUGUCCUAGAAGAUGAAGAUGGCAUAUGUGGUUAUGCCCUGGGCACUGUAGAUGUGACACCUUUUAUUAAAAAAUGUAAAAUUUCCUGGAUUCCCUUCAUGCAGGAAAAGUAUACCAAGCCAAAUGGUGACAAAGAACUCUCUGAGGCAGAGAAAAUAAUGUUGAGUUUCCAUGAAGAACAGGAAGUGUUGCCAGAAACUUUCCUUGCCAACUUCCCUUCUCUGAUAAAGAUGGAUAUUCACAAAAAAGUAACUGACCCAAGUGUGGCCAAAAGUAUGAUGGCUUGCCUCCUGUCUUCACUAAAGGCUAAUGGCUCCCGGGGAGCUUUCUGUGAAGUGAGACCAGAUGAUAAAAGAAUUCUGGAAUUUUACAGCAAGUUAGGCUGUUUUGAAAUUGCAAAAAUGGAAGGAUUUCCAAAGGAUGUGGUUAUACUUGGUCGGAGCCUGUGACAUUUGUUGGUACUAUGAACUGUCUAGAAAGCCUCUUAACUCCACCUUGUGGGUGGUGGUUGAGGUCUUGGUACAGUUUAGUCUCUGGAGUGGCAACAAAUCAGCCAAUUGGAUUGGAAACAAAGAAGACUAUGUAAAACUCACCCAUCACACUUUCAGACUAUUCACUGGUUAGAAGAAGAUAGUAUUGCUACAAAUCUUGUGUGAAACAGAGAUGUUGGCCUCCUUUUGGGGUCUUGUGUUAGGUGCCAAGACCUCUUACAUGGGCUUAUAUAGGGAGGGGGUCUUCAAUAAAUGUAGUCAGCACUAUUUUCUGCAUCCGGUGUGGUUGCAUUUCUCACCUAAGAGUAAUCAGAAUCACUUCUGUCAUCCUUGGUUUAUUGAUUGAAAGGUCUCUCAGUCUCUGGGGACAUGGCAGAGAGAAGAAAGAUUUAGUGGGUUUGAGAAGCUUCAGGGUGGAGAGAUUCCAAGUGGGAUGAUUGUGGCAUUAAAGCUGAAUAAAUGAUUUCAAUUUGGGGCGGUUUUUCUGCUUUCUGUAAAGCCAUGGCCAAUUGUCUUCUGUAGUGACCAUUGGCUCAGGCAUAGUGUGCUUUGUAGGGACAAAUGUGCAGUUGUUUGUGGCAAAAGCCUAAAAUUGACAAACUUGUAAAUUUCUUUGUAUAUAAACUAGCUGUAACCUGACUAUCAUUUGUGUUUACUGUUUUUGUAAUUUUUUUUCCUCAUGAAAAUGAGAGGGUUUUUGUUCCGGAUGGCACUUUCAAUGAUAUAAAAGAGUAGAAGAUGGAUUUUCUUUACUUGUCUUUUUUUUUUUUUUUUUUUUUAAGUUUUAUUAUUUUUAAAGUGCUUCCUACCUAGGCCAUGACCAUUUUGGGUUACGAGAGCCUAACUUAGGACUUAAUCUGUUGCAAAGUGCAGUCUUUUUUGGAAAUUAACCUCAAUAGCAGGUCAGCAUGUGAAAUGUUGGUUUUGACAUCUGUUAAGUAGGGUUUAGGGACUGAUUGGUCCAUUUGCCCUUAGAUCAGUUGUCCUUUAAUCUCAAGACCUGUUACUACUGGUUUUAUUAAAUAAGAGUCUUUAAUUCUUGCAUGUUUGUAUCUAGUUUUUAAGAGAAAGAAUGAGCACAUUUUAACUAAUGAUUUAUGGUUACCCUUUCCCUUUUCUUUUAACCACAGGUUCUGAAAGCUUCAUGUAUUUUAAUUUAGAUAUGUUUUUAAGGGUUUUGAGCAUGAGGCUGACAGGUGAUUUCUACAGGAUUCUUUUUUUCAUCAUAGCUGGCUGACUUCUCCAUAGGUUCAUAACAAUAUUUUGUUAUCUUGCUUCCUUGCAGUUUUUAACUUUGAGCUGUUUAACUUUGAGCUGUGUGAGGGGAGGGAGUAAAUAGAAGGAAAUACAUUUUCCUUCACAGAACUCCACCAAUGUGAUCUUUGAGAGAGUCUUAAAGCAUCGUACCUAGUGACUUCCAUCCAAGACCUAUGAGUGUGCACUGAAAGGGUGAGAAGGGAGGAAGGAAGCCUCUUCAUUCUUAGGGUAGAAACCUUUAUCCCAUAGAAGGAUAUCUGUGUUGGAAAGCUUGAACCAAGUUUGCAUUUUUGAGGGCUAAAGUGAAGAAGGGAAUAUCCCUACUAGAUAUUAAGACAGCUGAAUGUUACCCAGUUUCUCGUUGAAUAUAUCUUUAACAUUAGGAUAAUUCUAGCAUUUCAUCUGGAGGGUUUCAGGUCAACCUCAUAUGGAAUCAGGAUUUUUAGCAAGUUUACUUUUGGUUUUAUCUUGGCUUUUAAUAAUCACUUCGGUUGGUCGUCUGGUCAGGUGUCAACUGUGAAACAGAUGCCCAGGUCUAUACUUUCAUCACUCUAGGAUCAUAAAGUGCUAUGCUAUUCCAUGAUUAUGAAUAUUUAUUAAGGUUGGAAUGACAUUUUAUUGAUUGUUUAGAUCACAGCUCAGUUCCUGUAGAAAACGAACUGUAAAACUAUCUGAAGACCAUGCAAGAGGCAAAAUAAAACUUGAAGUGAAUGCUU